CAUCACCACGCAUCCCGCGUUCUGUGGGUCAUAUGUGGAUCAUUACGAAUUGAUUGGUGCAAGAGACUGGGUAGACAACUGCAGGUUCUCCUCUUAAUAGCUGGCACACUAAAUCGUGUUCGUCCAAUUUUCGCAAAAUGUCGCUCGAAGUGGUUACCCAGACACAGCGUAGAAGAAUCUUUUCAUCUCCAGCUGAGCUUUGGAACGGUGUUGUACCCAGAUUCAGCCUUCUGGGUGGAUAUGGAAUUCUGUUUCUCUGGUCGCAUACAAGCGAGUAGGACAGGGCAAAAUAUGGCUGCCACUGACGCUAAGCGAUAA